GUACAAAUAUUUAAUGGAUUUUUAGGCUUUUUGAGAUAGUUUUUUCCAGUGAUUCCUCAGCAGGUUCAAAGGAUCCUUUAGGGGUUCCAGAUGUACUUGCUAGGGUUUCUUUGGGUCUCUGAGACCCAGGGUUUACAGCAAGUUUAUGUUGUAGAUUCUGGGGAUCCUUGAUUGGGCUCCAGUUGUUCAUUAAGGGCUUGAGAAAGGCUCAGUUUCUUGGCUAAAAACGUUACGUAGACUGAUAAUUUUUGAUGUUGAUCAAGUCUUCAAAGUUACCUGAUCUUCCACACCUACAUGGACUCUGCCAUUAGACAAGGAUUACAUGAGUUCUGACAGGCAGAUGGCCGACCACCCUGAGUCCUGUUCUGCUUGAGGUUUCUGCCUCUUAAAAGGAAGUUUUUCCUUGCCACAGUUGCCACUAUAUAAAUAAAAUUGACUCGACUGACAGAGUAACUCCAAGAUUUCUUUUUUCAAGGACUACUGGGAGGAACUCAUAGUGGAGACAGACCUCUGAACGUAAGGUUUUUUGUGAGUGUUUUUCCAUUGAUUUUUCAGUAGGUUAUACCAGAGAUGGCAGCAGCAAGUUCACAUAUUACAUGAAUCAGCUUUGGCAUUUACAGUAAUCCUUCAAUAUAAAUUAAUCCAGCAGGUGUCACUGUUUAAAUAUCAGAUGAAUGAAUGAAUCAGCACAUGCACACAUGCUUCAAAGUUGAUCAGGUUCAUCUUUAAGCACUUUGCCUUGAAGAAGAUUUUCAGGUUACAGAUUAACAAUGGAUGGCAGUGGAUGCAAUAAAUUGUAGGCAAUAGAAAACCAGCAGAGAGUGUUUAAAAGGAUGCGUUCAGAAUCCCCUGUAAAGAAUCUGUUUAGAGUUACCUGCUCCAGAAGAGUUGAAUAAUGCCUCCUAUGCUCAUUGUAAAGCCUUGGUUUGGAAGACAGUUGUAAUGAUAGUGUUCUCAAUCAUAAACACAAGAACAGACAGAAAAACAUCAAUUAUGAAAUGUCAGUUGCAAACUAUAAUUCUUAAACACUAAGCAACAGGAUGUAGUAAUAUUUAAUUAUAGAGUCUAAGAUGAAUGAACUCUGCUAAAAAAGAUUUCAGGAGUUUUUAACAGAUGGUGAUGAAAACUGAUUAUUAGUUUUUCAUGUAUUAGGCAUCCAUUUUUUAACGCAGCUGUUGUGGAUCUUGAAUGCAGCCCACAGUUUCCUUUCUUUUUUUCUUUUUAUAAUCAUCUGACCAUGACUUCCUAAACUGGAGUCCACAGUCCACAGUGACAAACAUUUAAAAUCACAUCUAGAGGAAAAGAAACAGCGGGUACUUUUUCAGACUCAGGAGAUUCAAAGACUUUGAAAACAACUUUGCACCUCAGGUCAGUCUGUAAAACCAGAAUCGGAUCAGCUGGUUUAGUUGAAAACAGGAUCUGGAUGUCUGCAGCAGGGCACACCUGGGAUUUGGAGUACAGUUUUGCAGAGGAGCAGGACUUCCAGCAGGUCCUGAACAUCUGCAGCAAAGAUGACUACAACGGGUUGGACUAUAUGGCUGCUGCCUUUCACCGCUGGCUGAAGGAGCCUGGACGCCUCGUCUUCCUCGCCAGGUUGAACAACAGAGUGGUGGCGCUGGAGUCUACACUGCUGGUGGAUGGUGGUCAGACAGUCGUGUUUCAGGGUCGCAGGGUGGUACCUGAUCUCAGAGGUAGUGGCAUCGCUGGCGCCAUCCAGAAACAUGUGACUGACUACAUCCGCCGCCAUUACCCAGAAGUCUCUGCAUCUAGGCUGAGCCGAGGAGACCAGCCUUCACCACAAACACUGGCCAAGUACAGACUCAUAGCUAAAGAGGCCAUCUUGUCUCUUUGCUGUGAGGCAACCGACCUUGGCUCCUUCAUCAAUGAGAUGAAGUCCAAACUCUCCAGCCAGGCCGACUCUUCGCAAGCUCCAGUGAUUCUGAACCAGCAGCAGGCGGAGACUCUGGUCCUGUCCAACCAUGUGGUUUCCAACUUGUUGCCUGGCAAAACCAUCAUCAACGACUGGGAGCCUCUGAAGCCAAUGGAGGCUAAUCUGGAGGUGCUGCGCCGCAGGGGGUUGACAUGGAUUGUAGAUAAUGAGUUUGAGCCCUCUGCCAUCAGCCCGUGCACCCCACCGUACCCCGUCCCCUACCGCCAUGACGCCCUGCGCAUCAACAUCAACAUCUUUGGUCGCAGUUUGGCUUCAGUCUGUGCCGUGUUUCUGGCUCAACUUGAAGCUUUGUUACCAAGUCUCCAAGGUUACCUGAUCUUCCACACCUAUGUGGACCCUGGGGUUUGGCCAGGGUUCCGCCAGUUCUGCCACAACAACGCCAAGGUGUCAUUCUUCAAGGACUACUGGGAGGAGCUCAUACUGGAGACAGACCUCUGAAUUGUCUCAGCAGCGCUGCUUAUACACAUUUGAGAUUGAGCUAUAUACAAAAAUUAGGUUGAUUUUUAGUUUUUUUGUGAUUGUCCUCUCUGGGGAAUCAGAUUCAAAGGAUCCUUUAGGGAUUUCAGAAGUUCUUGCUAGAGUUUCUAUGGGUCUCCAAUGAAUCCCAGGGAUUGCAAUAAGUUUCUGGUUCCCUGUGUAGAUUCUGGGAAUCCUUGAUUCGAUUCCAGUUGUUCUUUAAGGGCUCGAGAAAGAAAAAAAAUUUGAUGCUGAUCUGCUUUAUAAAUAAAGUGUAUUGUUAUUACUACAGUUGAAAUAAAUCAGUCGUGUGCAAAUUUGA